AUGCACGACAUCAGGCUGCACAAGUACUACUAUCAGGCCGGGUCCGGAUACAGCUCGAAUUCGCUGAUCUACCGGUUCCUCGUCGCCGAUCGCAAUCUAAGACGCUUAUUAAAUCUGAGCUCGUAUUGCGGAGCGGUGACCGUUGUAACGUUCAUCUUCGCGGCGAUCAUGGCCUUUUGUUCCAUAGCGAUUGCUCGCCAAAGCAAAGAAGGUAAGUUCGCAAGUCUCUCUCUCUUUCGGCAAUCAAUCCGAGCCGGAUUGAAGCGCGAUCAGAGGAUAUCGAGCCGCGCUUCGAAUGCAGCCCGGACUCUGAUUAUCGAUAAUUUGCAGAAGUUACCGCGGAUGGAGAGCGUCGUUAACAUCAUACCACCGUACAAAUGCAUCCACAAGCACCUGCAGCGAAUGUCCGUGUUCCAAGAGAAGACGCAGAAAAUCUUGCGCAAGGAGCAGCUGGAGCUGGAGAUAAUGAACAGCAAAGCAUCCUGCAUCAAGAAGUUGUUGAAGCUGGAGGAACAGUCCGAGUGGCGUCGCAGCAGAUCACCGAAGGUGUAUCAUCGGCCCAUCAGCGCGGAAACGUCCAAGUAACGCAAGGUAAAAGGGCGCGCGAAUGGGCGGCAGGAUGGCUUUGCGCGCUCACACGCGUGAAACCUCAGAAAAUUCCGCUCGUAAUUGGUGGGUGCCAGCGACGUUGAUUGACGUAAACGUAAUAACGGUGUCGUCUGACGCUACGCUUUAAACACACGUAGUACGAUUCUCGCACGGCGAGAGGCGAUGCAUUUACAUUAACAUUGUAUCCCCAUUAAUCGUAAGCAUUUAAUAAUGACCGUGAUUUGAUAAGCGCCUCGGAAUUAAAUUGAAUUUAUUAAGCCCAUUCGCCGCGUUUUCCUAUGAAUAUGGAACACACGACGCACUGCGUGUAAGCCGCAGUGCGUCGCACCCCGUUGCGAACACAGAUUAAUACCGGCUUUUAAUGGAUCAUAAUCACGUUCGGUGAGGCGUAAACGUUAUUUCCACGAGCGACGGUGACGAAAGGAAGAAAUAAGCAAAAGAAAGGAAACCAACCGCGAGAGACGAGAACAAUUCCAUCAUCAUCGUCGAAGCGACGUUACUUCGCUUUUCGUUGUGAAAUUCAUUUAAUUUUACGAUAAUGAGUUACUAAAUAAAUCGCGUAUACAUGUCCAUGUGUGUGUGUGUGUAUGUGUACAAUCAUGUAAUUUUCAUGACAAAAUUCUCGCCAAUCGAGAUCAGCGCGAGCACAGAACUUUCGUGCAUGCGAAAUAAGCGUGCUGAUCUUUUCAUGGCUGACCACACGACGUGAACAACAGUUACUUGCACAUUUUUGUAUGAAGAUUAAACGUCAUAAUGUUCACCUAUGUUGGUCCCCUGCUUUUCUCGUUUAUUAUUCGAUUGUUGGA